GUGUUUUGAAAUAGCAUCCGGUUGAAUUAGUGGUCACAGAGAAUUCAAGAUGGCGGCGCACAUGUCGCAUUGUAGAAGUUGGGGCCGUGUUCAGAGGUUUGGAAUUGCAGUAUAUAGAAAGUACAGCAGUGGCAGCAGAUAUCCAAAUAUCUCACUCUCUGCACCGUUACCAGGGAUCCCUAAACCAGUGUUUGCGUCCGUUGACGGGCAUGAGCAAUGCGAGACUAAAAUCACUACUUUGGAAAAUGGCCUUAAAGUAGCAUCUCAAAACAAGUUUGGUCAAUUCUGCACGGUUGGAAUUUUAGUGAAUUCAGGAUCCAGACACGAGACAAAAUACCCCAGUGGAAUUGCACACUUUUUGGAGAAACUGGCCUUUUCUUCCACAGCCCAGUAUGGCAGUAAAGAUGAAAUUCUUCUCACACUUGAAAAACAUGGAGGGAUCUGUGACUGCCAAACGUCCAGAGACACCACCAUGUAUGCCAUCUCUGCCGAGGUGAAGGGACUAGACACGGUAGUCAGCCUGCUCUCUGAUGCUGUAUUGCAGCCACGCCUGCUAGAUGAGGAGAUUGAGAUGACUAGGAUGGCAGUGCGCUUUGAGCUGGAGGAUCUGAACAUGAGGCCUGACCCUGAACCUUUACUGACAGAGAUGAUCCACGCAGCAGCAUAUCGGGGGAACACUGUUGGGUUGCCUCGCUUCUGUCCAGUAGACAACGUGGAGAAGAUUGACAAGAAGCUGCUACAUACGUACCUGCGGAGCUACUACUGCCCAGAGCGUAUGGUGCUAGCCGGUGUGGGCAUCGAACAUGAACAACUGGUGGCCUGUGCCAGGAAAUAUCUGCUGGAUGUGAAGCCAGUAUGGGGAGCCAGUACGCCUACCAAUGUCGACCUGUCUGUGGCACAGUACACUGGUGGAAUCGUAAGGAUGGAUAAGGAUAUGUCAGAUGUGAGCCUUGGCCCCACUCCCAUCCCUGAGCUCACCCACAUCAUGAUUGGCCUGGAGAGCUGCUCGUUCCUGGAGGAGGACUUCAUCCCAUUUGCAGUCCUCAACAUGAUGAUGGGUGGAGGCGGGUCCUUCUCAGCGGGGGGUCCUGGGAAAGGCAUGUUCACUCGGCUUUACCUGAACGUGCUCAACAGACAUCAUUGGAUGUACAAUGCCACCUCAUACCAUCACAGUUACGAGGACAGCGGCCUGCUGUGUAUCCAUGCCAGUGCAGACCCCAGACAGGUUCGGGAAAUGGUGGAGAUUAUAACCAGAGAGUUUAUUCAGAUGGCUGGGACAGCAGGAGAGAUGGAGUUGGCGAGAGCGAAGACGCAGCUCAAGUCCAUGCUGAUGAUGAACCUGGAGUCGCGGCCGGUUAUCUUUGAAGAUGUCGGCCGACAGGUUCUAGCCACAGGGAAGAGGAAGCUGCCACACGAGCUAUGUGACCUCAUCAGUAACAUUACAGCAAGUGAUAUCAAGAGGGUCACAACCAAGAUGCUGCGCAGCAAGCCAGCAGUAGCAGCGCUAGGAGACUUGACUGAGAUGCCCUCCUAUGAGCACAUCCAAGCUGCCCUGUCCAGCAAGGACGGACGCCUGCCUCGCAUGUAUCGCCUCUUCCGAUAGACCUCCCUGUGUUUACCCUGACAUCAAUGUGUAUAUAUAUACUGGACACUGACCUACACUACCGGUCAAAAGUUUUAGAACACCUACUCAUUCAAGGGUUUUUAUUUAAAAUGUUUUCUACAUUGCAGAAUAAUAGUGAAGACAAACUAUGAAGUAAAACAUAUGGAAUCGUGUAAUAACCCCAAAAGUGUUUAAAAAAAAAUAGCCACCCUUUGCCUGGAAGACGGCUUUGCACACUCUUGGCAUUCUCUUAACAAGUUUCACCUGGAAUGCUUUUCCAACAGUCUGGAAGGAGUUCCCACAUAUGCUGAGCACUUGUUGGCGGCUUUUCCUUCACUCUACGGUCCGACUCAUCUCAAACCAUCUCAAUUUGGUUGAGGUCGGGGGAUUGUGAAGGCCAGGUCAUCUGAGGCAGCACUCAUCACUCUCCUUGGUAAAAUAGCCCUUACACAGCCUGGAGGUGUGUUGGGUCAUUGUCCUGUUUAAAAACAAAUGAUAGUCCCAUUAAGCCCAAAUCAGAUGGGAUGGUGUAUUGCUGCAGAAUGCUGUGGUAGCCGUGCUGGUUAAGUGUGCCUUGAAUUCUGAAUAAAUCAUAGACCGUGUCACCAGCAAAGCACCCCCACACAAUCACACUUCCUCCUCCAUGUUUCAAGAUGGGAACCAUACAUGCGGAGAUCAUCCGUUCACCUACACGGUGUCACAAAGACACAGCAGUAGGAACCAAAAAUCUCAAAUUUGGACUCCAGACCAAAGGACAAAUUUCCACCGGUCUAAUGUCCAUUGCUCGAGUUUCUUGGCCCAAGCAAGUCUCUUCUUCUUAUUGGUGUCCUUUAGUAGUGGUUUACUUGAAGCAAUUUGACCAUGAAGGCCUGAUUCACGCAGUCUUCUCUGAACAGUUGAUGUCUGUUACUUGAACUCUGACGCAUUUAUUUGGGCUGCAAUUCCUGGGGCUGGUAACUAAUGAACUUAUCCUCUGCAGCAGAGGUAACUCUGGGUCUUCCUUUCCUGUGGCGGUCCUCAUGAGAGCCAGUUUCAUCAUAACGCUUGAAGGUUUUUGCGACUGCACUUGAAUAAACUUUUUGAAGUUCUUCAAAUGUUCCGCGUUGACUGACCUUCAUGUCUUAAAGUAAUGGACUGUCGUUUCUCUUUGCUUAAUUGAACUGUUUGUGCCAUAAUAUGGACUUGGUCUUUUACCAAAUAGGGCUGUCUUCUGUAUACCCCCCUACCUACCAACACAACUGAUUAGCUCAAAAUGCAUUAAGAAAUAAAAGAUUCCACAAAUGUACUUUUUUUAAGGCACACCUGUUAAUUGAAAUGCAUUUCAGGUGACUACUUCAUGAAGUUGGUUGAGAGAAUGUGCAAAGCUGUCAAGGCAAAGGGUGGCUAUAUUUUUUUGGUUACUACAUGAUUCCAUAUGUGUUAUUUCAUAGUUUUUAUGUCUUCACUAUAAUUCUACAUUGUAGAAAAUAGUGAAAAGAAAAACCCUUGAAUGAGUAGGUGUUCUAAAACUUUUGACCGGUAUGGUACAAUAAUGUUCUCUCAAUGGAGCUGUGCUAAGCACUGGGAGAGGAUUAACGUUUGGAUCUCCAACUGUAAAAUAACAUUUUUGAGUGGUGAUUUAAAAAAAAACAAAAUGUUACACAGUGAGGAUAUACCCUGCUCUGCUUACCUGGAGCGUCUACACUCUUGCCAGAGGGAAGUUUUAAUUUCCUGUUCACUAUCCCACCUGACCCACGUUGGCUGGGAUGGUUUGCAUGCUUUUGGGUUUAAUUCCAAGUAUGUGUGAAUGAAUAUGGCUCGAGAGUUACAUUGCUGGAUCUGUAGAGGGAGACUUACAAAUGACCUUCAUGGUAAAAAGGAAAAUAAAGGGUUGUGAUUCUCUGUU